AUGCCCCAAACUGUCCGAAAGUUCGCACAUGGUGAUUACACUGUCGGGUGGAUAUGUGCUUUGCCAGAAACCGAGUUCGUGGCCGCAGGGGCCAUGCUGGAUGAAGAACAUCCAGUGCUUCCUGCCGUCCAGUCGCAAGAUACAAAUUCGUACCUCCUUGGUAGGAUUGGCGAUCACAAUAUAGUAAUUGCUUGCUUGCCUGCAGAAACGACAGGCAAAGUGUCCGCUGCUACUGUUGCCAAAGAUAUGCUCCGCAGCUUCCCAGCUGUCCGAUUUGGUCUGAUGGUUGGCAUCGGCGGUGGGGCUCCAUAUUACGGUACGCAGGGAUACGACAACAAUGAAUUUAGUGAGCAGGAGGAGGAGGAGGAGGAUUCUGAAGAUGAUUUGGAAGAUAUACGAGAUAUAAGACUUGGUGAUGUUGUGGUAAGCCUGCAUUCGAAGUCAGCAGAAGCGGUUGUGCAGUAUGAUUUUGGCAAGUCACUGCAGGAGAAGGAGUUUGUUCAUACCGGCGGCAAACUCAACAAGCCCCCGGUAAUAGUCUUGAGCGCGGUUUCUGUGCUCCAGCAACAGCAUAGACGGAAAGGCCAUACGACUUCUGAGCUUUUAGCAGACGCCCUGUCAAAGAAUCCUGGCAUGGCUGAAGAAUUUCGGUACCCAGGUUCGGCGAAAGAUCGGUUGUUCAAACCAGACAUCGUUCACUUGGAGGGAAGGAAGUCAUGCAAGGCUUGCUGUGGGCCCAACAACGUGAACCUUGUGAGGAGAACGGACCGACAUGGAACGGCUCCCAAGAUACAUUAUGGAACCAUUGGAUCAGCGGAUCAAGUGAUGAGGGACGCCGUAUUAAGAGAUAAGUGGGCACAGAAGGAGAAAAUCAUUUGUUUUGAAAUGGAGGCUGCCGGGUUAAUGGACUCGUUUCCCUGCCUCGUCAUUCGGGGUAUCUGCGACUAUGCUGAUUCCCAUAAGAAUAAGAUCUGGCAGCCAUAUGCAGCGGCAACGGCAGCAUCAUAUGCUAAAGAACUUCUACUCGUUAUUCCUGGGCAAGGCGUCAUGGAUCUAUGUCCGAUUAAGCAAUCUCUUGGCAAAAUCGAAGCGAACGUCGACACGAUGAGGUCUAAGUUAGCCAGAAAAGAAGAUCAUGACUUACUCAACUGGAUCACGCCAGACGACUACGGCCCUCUGCAAAGCGACUAUUUUCGGAGACGACAAGCUGGAACUGGCGAAUGGCUACUCAACUCAAUGGAGUUUCAGAUGUGGCUCAAGACAAGCCGGGGAACUUUGUUCUGCCCCGGAAUUCCAGGCGCUGGGAAGACAAUCUUGACGUCUGUUGUAAUCAACUACCUCACUAGACGCACCUUCGAAGAUGGAAGCCUCGGCGUUGCGUAUGUUUACUGCAACUUCCAGCGGAAAGACGAACAGACGGCCGACAGAUUACUCUCAAGUUUGCUGAAACAGUUAUCUGGGCGACUACCGACCAUUCCAGGAGAGGUGAGCAACUUGUAUAAUCAGCAUAAAACUGACCGAACACGGCCAUCACUGGAAGAGAUCUCACGUACCCUCUAUUCUGUGGCUGUUAAGUACUCAAGAGUAUUUAUCCUCGUCGACGCGCUUGAUGAAUGC